AUGGACUAUAUGAAUCGCAUUUUUAAACUGUAUUUGGGCCAAUUUAUAAUUGUGUUCAUUGACGACAUAUUAAUUUAUUCUAAAAGUGAAGAGGAGCAUACGAAGCAUCUGAGGACUGUGUUGCCGAUAUUAAGGGAUAAAAAGUUGUAUGCGAAGCCAUCUAAGUGUGAAUUUUGGUUGUCAGAGGUGCAAUUUUUGGGUCAUGAUAUCUCUGCUAGGGGUGUUGCGGUGGAUCCAAACAAAGUUGAUGCUGUAAUUGACUGGGAACGACAGAAGACUGUGACUGAGAUCUGGAGCUUUCUGGGUCUUGCUGGUUAUUAUCGUAGAUUUAUAGAGGGGUUUUCCACAAUGGAAGUGGAUGAUUCGGUGGAGACUGCUCCAUAA